AUGUCGAAUCUCAGCGAACCCGGCCCAAGGACGCCGAGCGAGCCGCAGCUCAAGCUACCAACGGAUCCGGACGGCUGGCAAAAGGAAGGGGGGGAUACCCUGCUUGAGGCGCCUAGGACGCCAGGCACUCGGUUCUGGGAGGCGGAAGACGUAUCGCCCAUGGAAACGUCAGAGCUUCCUUGCGUCGGCGAGGACGAUUCGCCGGUAGAAUACUCCCACAUGCCUAAUGCAAUGCAUUCGGGUACCGCGACACCAACUUGGGCAAGAACUCGCAGCAACAAGACAGGCACUGAAAUUGAAGAUAACGUUAAGCCCUUUGAGAGGGCCUUGGAGGCGUGUGGUCGGUAUCCACUCUCUGCCGCUUUUGUCGAGCCCCAGAGCAUUGCCCAGAGACUCCAAGCAGAGAUACGGAGGGGGCACCUGAAUGACAUCGGGCCCAGGAUCCUCAGAGACUCGGCCCAGGACAUUGUAAUGUGGGAGACGCACCCGGAAGCGGACACCGAAAACCCCGGCAAGAGUUUCACGAGGUUCCAGAAGUACAGCAUCAGCAGCGCAGGCGAGCUAGACACGCAUCUUCAACGACCGGGAGCCACGCCCGAAUCCAACAGCGUCCCCAUAACGCGCGUCAUUCUUCUAGCCUCAGAAGAGCGGAAGGGUGUCCUCCCGUGCGGCCGCGAGAUGCUCAAUAAGCUGCUCACCUACUUCCAGGUCGAUCACAGCUUCAUCGAGUCCAUUAGGUCCUUCGAGAACGCACCCGGCUUCGCGCGCCUGUCAUCUGCCCCUUUCUGGUGCCGCAGCACGGCCUUGGCACCCGCGAGGCAGCCGGCGCCUCCAGGGAGCCAGUGUCGGCCAGGUGGCGAUAUAAGCAUGUCCUUCACGCUGCACACGAUCCGACCCGACGACUACGGCCAAUGGCCGAUCGAGAGGCGCGCCGUCUACGGGCUACUCGACUUCGAGACGGGCCGGUCUACCCGGCUCGUUGUGAGUGACAACGACUGGAAAGCCAGGAUCGGCUGUUCCGUUCGAGAGCGGAUCCAGAAAAUGCUGGAUAGCCACCCGCUGGCUGCCAUCGGCUCCGAUCUCGGCGAGGAGACUGUGGCGGAACCCUUCGAGGCGUUCCUCGAGCAUUAUCUGUUCUUCAUCACUUGGUGUGAAGAGAAUUGGAGGGAUUUCAUGGCCGCCGUCGACACCGAGGUGGACCAGAUCCUUGAGCGGGCGACGGGUAUCAAAGACUCCGCAUAUGUCAAACAAGCUCGCGAGAGCGAUCCUCCUGCUGUGCCGAGCCCCCCGAUAAGCCCUAUGGCAGUGCGCCAGCCGCAGCGGCAUGGUCUCGGUCAAGGACUGAAUCGCGGCGGAAGGAAUAGGAAGGACCCCCGGGUCAAGUCCCAGGGAACCGUCUCUUUGGGGCCUGAGGCAGCGACGCUGGGGAAGGCCGACAUCUUCCCACGAGAUACUCGAGGGAUGGGACAGGGCCUGCAGCAGCUCCCAGGCAAAACCGACGUGACCAAACAGGAGCUGGAGGAAAAUAAGCAUCAGGAGGAGGCCCUGAAGUCGCUCUGCCACGAGGACCUCCAAGCACUGCACGCCAACGCGGCGACAGUACAUGCAGCAAAGGAGGCGGUGAUCUGCAACAUCGACGUUAUUGUCCGUGCGACGGCGUUGCUUUUGGAUACGGACUGGAGAGUAUUCAAGGACGCAGGGCGCAAGUCUGGGCCCAAUCAGAGGAACGGGCUCGACAAGCUGCUACAGCUCGCUGCCCAAUCCCAGUACCACCUGGAGAUGAUGGGUGGAAGGCUGGGGCACCUGGGGUCAAAGAUCGUACAUGGGGCACAGCGGUACGAGGGGCUGCUCCAUCACAGGAUGCGGCUCAGCAACGACAGAAUGUUGCAAGAAAUUUCACUUACGCUAGCCGGGUCGCUUGGGCGGGGCGGGCUGACGACAGAGUGCGCCAAGGAGGCUGGCGAUGGCGAGGCAGCGAGCAGCAGCGCCUCGACUCUGGACUCGAGGCCACAGGCGGACGACAAGGGCGUCACCCUGGCGCUGAUCGCGUGUGCGGCAGUUUUCGUCAGCGUUCUUGGAGUUUUGCUCAUUCUCCAGACGCUGGUCGCUGCGCCGAUCUGGUUCUGCAGUUUGCUCUUUGGCUGGGUCUUUCGUUGACAUCCCCGGCGGGAACUAGGCGUGAAUAGCAUCGUGGAAGUCAGGAUCAUGCUACCAAGCGAG